AUGAAUCUGUCGAGUGCCAGCUCGGGCAAGUCCCUCGCAGCCACCUCAAAUUAUCCUACUCAAGCUGGUCCCGAUCGCCCCGCUCCGGCUCCCGACUUUUCGCGUCGUCCAGGUCCGUCCUCAUCUGCCGUGGCCGCCGCGCAAUCCACACCACGAAAAGGUCAAGGAUCUCGCAAGCAGCAUCGAAAUCAGAGGCGCCCAGCCGGAGAUCGCAUGGCUCACUGCCCGCUGGAUAGGGACGACACAUUCGCCGAGAUGCGCGCUGUUCGGAACCCUUCUAGCCGCCGAGGACAGACUUCCAUCACGCAUUUAUUGGACUAUACGGCCCCACGUUCUGUUCAGGAUCAUAACUUUCAUCCACGACCCCAUCGUCGUCAUCCUACAUCGGGUCUUGGCUCAGGCUAUCAUACUGUUGACAAGGCGCGAUAUGUUCAUGCCAAUUAUCGCUUUGUCGUUCGACCAGAGGUGUCGUAUAAGGGCCAGGCCGCUGAUGCUGACAUGUACAUUGACUGGGCAAAUGUUUUGCAGGUCAUUGCCUCAUCAGAAUCGCAAACUGCUUUGUGCCCUAUCUGCCUCUCCGAGCCUGUGGCUCCCCGGAUGGCUCGCUGCGGCCAUAUUUUUUGCCUACCUUGUAUGAUUCGUUUCAUGACCACGACUGAGGACGAAGCCAGAUAUGGAAAAGUCGCAAAGUGGAAGAAAUGUCCGCUUUGCGAAGACAGCGUGUAUAUGCAGGAGGUGCGACCUGUGCGUUUCUAUUCCGGACAAGAGUGUUCUCUUCCACGGCCCGGCGACGAUGUUGUGCUUCGCCUCAUGGCACGUAAAGCAAAUUCAACACUGGCAAUUCCCAGAGAAGGGGGCACCGAAGUCAUCAACUCUAGCGAUGAUGUGCCAUGGCAUUUUGCUGCCAACGUUCUUGACUACGCCCGAAUCAUGAAAGGAACGAAGGAAUAUAUGACCGAACAGUAUGAAGAGGAAGUUGCUGCCCUUUUGAAACAAGAAAAAGAAGAUAAAGAUCUCUUCGGCCAAGAUGGAGAGUGGACGCAGCGUGCUAUCAAAGCUGUCAAAUCUUUACAGGAACGCAUUGACGAUCUUACCGACGUCGCCGCAGCCACCUUGUCAACGAAUAGAACCUCGGGAAAGCCAAUUUUGGACUCGGACUUCUACUUUUACAGCACUCCCCCGCACCUGUAUCUCUCGCCUUUGGACAUUCGCAUCCUCAAGACCAAGUAUGGGUCUUUUUCCUCCUUUCCGUCCUCGCUACUCCCGACCGUCGAGCAUAUUUCGACUGGCCAUCUGGUUGAUGAUGCUCUACGAAAGCGAGCCAAGUACUUGAGUCACCUUCCUCACGGAUGCGUCAUUAGCUUCUUGGAGUGUGACUGGACUGACAUUGUCCCAGAGGAAACGCUUUCGACCUUUGCGUCGGAGAUUGCUAAACGUCGCAAGCGCAACGCAGACAAGGCUGCACAAGAAGAACGCGAGCGACUUGAUGCUGAACGUAUAGAGGCUGCUGCUUUGCACAAUUCUGCUGGAUUUCCUGUACCGCAUCGGGGUAUAGAAGCAGAUAAACCACCGCUUAUGGAUUUGUCGGAAUUCCAGCCUUUGAAUGGCGCAUCCAGUACUACGCCACGGGAAGCCCGUCUUGGCUUCGACACUCUGGCCUCCAUGUCAACUAGCCCGACCGGAGAGAGGACCAUUUGGGGCACAGUCGCAGUGGCCGCUUCUCCAGAAAUGAGUGCUACGCAUGUGGAGCCCAGAGAUGACGGCUGGCUCAACGAGUCCGAGCUUCUUUCCGAGGCCGAUCUUGCUACGCAGCUGGAUGCUAUUCAUAUGGCCGAACAAGAGGGAGGAAGUAAGCGUGAGGUUCACGGCGGCUCUACAGGAGGUGGCAAGAAGAAGAAGAAACAAAAAAUAACUCUCAUGAGUACUGGUGGCCGUAGAGGCCUCUAG